CAGGGCUCCUGUGGCUCCUGCUGGGCCUUUAGCUCUGCCGGGGCCCUUGAGGGGCAGUUGGCCAAGCAGACCGGGCAGCUCGUUGACCUCAGUCCUCAGAACCUGGUGGACUGUGUUACAGAGAACGACGGCUGUGGAGGAGGCUACAUGACCAAUGCCUUCCAGUAUGUGAAUGAAAAUGGAGGUAUUGACUCUGAAGCGGCCUACCCAUAUGUUGGACAGGAUCAGACCUGCCGCUACAAUGCAUCAGGCAUGGCAGCCCAGUGCAAAGGCUACAAGGAGAUCCCAGUGGGUAAUGAGCGCGUGCUGGCUGUUGCACUCUACAAAGUUGGUCCAGUGUCUGUGGGCAUCGAUGCACAACAGAGCAGCUUCCAGUUCUACAAGCAUGGUGUUUACUACGAUCCCAACUGUAACAAAGAUGACGUCAAUCAUGCCGUACUGGCAGUAGGCUAUGGAGUGAACACCAAGGGGAAGAAGUACUGGAUUGUCAAGAACAGCUGGGGUGAGGAAUGGGGCAACAAGGGAUACAUCUUGAUGGCACAUAACCGUGGCAACGUCUGCGGCAUCACCAACCUCGCUAGCUACCCCAUCGUGUGAACAGACUAGGG